AUGGCGGAAUUAAACCCUCUCGACUACACGGUUGCGUGGAUUGCGCCGUUGGAGAUUGAGGCCCAAGUGGCCCUCCAUCUCUUGGAUAAGCGCCACCAGGGCCGAUUUCCUCUCCGCAGAGGUGACGACUACAUUUUCCAGGCUGGCGAGGUCUGUGGGCACAAUGUUGUCGUUGCCACUCUCCCCGCUGGCCAGGAAUAUGGCGUAGGAUCUGCAGCGGCCCUCGCCAGCCAAGUCAAGGCCUUCUUCCCUAAUCUCUGGUUCGGCCUGCUAGUUGGCGUCGCCGCUGGACUUCCCAACCUCAAGCGGACUCCAGCAAUUGAUAUUCGUCUAGGAGACGUCCUUGUUGCUCUGGGUGAUGGCGAUAGUGCUGGGCUGGUGGCAUACGAUCUCGGCAAGGAGACGAGCGAGGGCAUGAAGCUGCUGCAAGGCGGACACGUUCUAGCUGCGACAGAGCCCGUGAUUCGCUCCGCCAUUGGCAGCAUCAAGAUGAAUGCUCCAAAUGAUGCCGAGAUCCUUAAGCCGUAUUACGAGAGCAUCAAGGACAGAGAGCAUACAAGAGGCACGUUUGAAGACCCGGGCCAGCAGCGGGACAAUUUGUACGAGUUCGACGAGUAUGGCAUGAGACCUGUAAGCCGCUGGCCGCGUCCAGAAUCUAAGCGAACGCGAGUUUGGUACGGGCCCAUCGGAUCAGGAGACAAACUGUUAAAAGAUGCUCGCAAGAGGAACGAGCUGAGGGACAAGUACAACAUCAUCGGGCUCGAGAUGGAGGCUGCCGGGACAAUGAAUCGCAUCCCUGUGGGUGUCAUUCGAGGUGUCUGCGACUACGGAGAUGCGUUCAAGAACAAAUACUGGCAGCCGUAUGCUGCGGCCAUGGCGGGUGCCUAUGCCAAAGCCGUCUUGGCCGAGAUCAGGCCCAGGCAUGCUCAAGAUGCAGAAGCCGCAGCGAAGCAAUUGGAUGAGAUGAAACUCACGACGGCUGCUGCAGCUGAAACUAUAGUUCUGCUGCCAUUCGGCAGGGAUCCUUGUUUUGUCGGGCGAGAGAGCGAGCUCAAGCAACUUGGGGACAUGCUUGAGACAGACGCAGACGCUCAUAGCUUCGUAGAAGGGGCAAUCGUCGGCCUUGGUGGUAUUGGAAAAACUCAGAUCGCAAAUGAGUUUGCCCACCGCCUCCGCGAAAAGGACAGCGGGCGACCCAUCAUAUGGCUCCACGCAAGCAGCCAGGCGCGUCUCGAGCACGACUUCAACGUAUUAGCCCGCCAGCUCAACCCCAGGACCGAGUACGGCAGCCAGACGGAAAUCUUCACCAUGGUCAAGGAGUGGCUCGAGGCCGAGGCCAGUGGCAGAUGGCUACUGAUCAUAGACAACGCCGACGAGGAGGACGUCUUCUUCCAGCCGAUCAAAUCCAAACCACAACCGCCAGCAGUGCUGACUCUUCACGCGCCCCGGACCACGCCGGUGUCAAGGCUGAGCGAGUUUCUCCCCACCAAGGCAAACUGCGCGGUGCUGUACACGUCUCGACACAUGAUUUGCGUGCAGAAGCUGCUUCAGCGGACGCGCAGCACUAAGAUAAUGGAGAUUCCUACGCUGAGCGUGGACGAUUCUGUACGGAUGCUACGACUUGAGCUCUAUGGAAGCCAGGAGGACCCGGAUCAAACAGAAUUGUCAACAGAGACGACAAGUGAAGAUGACGCGUCGGUGAAGAGCCUUGUGGAAUUAUUGGGUUGUCUACCGCUGGCAAUCACGCAGGCAGCGUCGUUUAUGAGGGAAAAUGGCCUCGCACCGAAUGAAUACGCAGCGCUUUAUAGCGACGCAGAGAUGGAUCACGCUGAAUUCCUGGAAGAAGAAUUCAUCGACUGGCGCCGCGACUCAGACACGCCCAACGCCGUCCUCAUGACGUGGAAGCUCUCCUUUGAGCAAAUCAAGAGCAAGAACAAAGUCGCCGUGCAGGUGCUUUCAGUGUUCAGCGCCCUCGACAGCCACGGCGUGCCAGAUUGGAUGCUUCCAUACCUCCCCGGCAUCGCCCGCUUCCAAAUCAUCAAAGCCAUUGCCAUCCUGAGGAGCUUCUCCUUCAUCUCGCGAAGGGGCAAUUCCAUGCACCGUCUGGUGCAAGUGGCGACGCGGGCCUGGAUAGGCCCCGAGAUGUGGCAGGCUGCCGUCCAAGACGCGCUGCGCUUCCUCUGCAAUGUCUUUGCGGGCCUCAACUCCAAUGAAUGGGUGGGAGACUCUGAGCUGAAGUAUUCGACACUGAGGAAGAGCUUGGACUAUUAUCCCCACACUAAGAGCGUCCUCAGGGCCUUGUCCACCGUCACACCACUUGAAAGCAUCAGCGGCAGUAAAGACCAGAGUGGGAGCAUCGCGAAGUCGACCAUGGACAGCUUCCUCGCCGAGUGGGACACGGGCCAUCUCCGAUCCGACGAAUUUGCGCAAAAGGCCAGCGAGAUCUACCAGGAGAUCAUCACGGGCGGCUACCAGUCGCUCAACGACAUGAUCUUCUUCCGAAGGUUCCUCCCGGUACUUUUACCACUUGUACCGUGGACCGUAUGA